AUGUCGAAAACAGUCCAUGGUGCCGCUUUCAUGUUCGAGCCAAUACUAAGCAAUCUCUUCGCAAAGGUCUUCUAUAAGUGUGCGAGGAUGACCAAGCUUCUUAAAGAAAGCCUGGUCGACUUCCCAGACAUUCAGAUGAAGGAGAGCAAGUUCGCCGAGCUUCCAUUCCAGGCGAUUUUAUGA